AUGGGUUGGUCUUGGGCUCUAGCGUGCUGGUGUGCAUUAGUGCUGGUGUGCUCGUCUGAAGAUAACAGAUCCCUUCCUGGCAUGUUACAGAGAGAGGCCUCCUUUGACAUAGAGGAUUUCCUGCAAAGGGAGAUCACCCAGUACCCGGACACAGACUUUACACCUGGAGUUCGGCCAAUGGCUGGGCCUCGCUCGCCAUCGUCCGCGGUACCCUUCCUACUCCCUCCCCGCAACGGCGGAGGCCACUUUAGUCGUCGAGCUGCAGCAGUCAACCGGGUAGAGUCCUGGUACAGCGCAUGUUGCCAUGGGAACGGGACACAGCAGGUCCAGGAAGUGACGCUGUGCUGCGUUACACAGGCGUGGGAACAGACCCUGUCCACAUUCUGUACUGAGGAGUCCGGAGUGAAGACACGCCAUCACCACUGCUGCCAGAAGGCGGGCGGGGCCAGACUGAGCUGUUUCCAUAGGGAUAACCCAGACCCCACCUACCUGCCGACCACCCCCAUUCCUGAACCUGGCUUCACCUUUAACCCCAACACUUGUCACAAGGCAUUGAAGAUGAAACAUGGCUGGGUCUUUCAGCAUGACAAUGAUCCCAAACACACCGCCCGGGCAACAAAGGAGUGGCUUCGUAAGAAGCAUUUCAAGGUCCUGGAGUGGUCUAGCCAGUCUCCAGAUCUCAACCCCAUAGAAAAUCUUUGGAGGGAGUUGAAAGUCCGUGUUGCCCAGCAACAGCCUCAAAACAUCACUGCUCUAGAGGAGAUCUGCAUGGAGGAAUGGGCCAAAAUACCAGCAACAGUGUGUGAAAACCUUGUGAAGACUGUCAUUGCCAAUAAAGGGUAUAUAACAAAGUAUUGAGAUUAA